AUUUUGGACCAAUCAAAUUCGUCGAUACAAAUAUAAACAGAAAAGACGUUUUGACAGCAAGUUGUGGCGGCUGCGUAAUUUUCGGAGAAAAGGAUUUUUUUUAUUUUCGGAAGUAUUUGUUAUGUUGAAAGAAAAAACUUGCUUCACACUUAUGAGACCUUGAUCAAGGAAAAACCAUGCCAGGCAUUGUGGUGUCUCUCAAUGAAGCCCUGGGGGUCAGAGGGGCACCCCUGGCUGAAACAGAAGUAUGGGCAAUACUGAACCAAAGUGCUGUCUCUUUCAUUGAGGCCACAAGAGAUGGUAAUAAAGCUGAGGGUAGGAGUAAUUUCGUGGUAACUCCGGAUUCCCUUUGCUUUCGCUCUGAUGGGGUGUUGGAGAUCUCUCCUACCAGUAACUCCCAAAACUGGGAUAGAUGUGUACCCCCAGAGCUUCAAAAUGCCUCAAUUAAAACACUUCAAGCUGCUGAGAAGUGUUACAUAUACUCCCUGGGAAGAACCCUUAUAAAGGCUCUAGAGUCGGGGGACAGGAACCAGGCCCCGGCUGUCAGUCGUAUUUUGGAGGAUGUUUUAUCCUCCAUGUGUCAGGUGGAUCCAGAGGCAAGGAUCACAAUCAAGCAGGUUUUACAGGCCUGUUCACUCUAUGCAGAAAGACACAUAGAGGCCAGAAACAGUUCUGUAUACACCAAGAAGAUUUACAGCAGUAUAAUGGGGAGUGACAGUUCCGAGGAGGAACAUACAAGUGGUAGUCACAGCAGUCGCCAUGAAACUCACCCUACUUCCUCGCGAGGUCAAAGGUCAAGAGGAAGACAGAAGUAUACAAAGAGACGGGAAAGACAAAGGUCAAGGUCAUCUUUGUCCAGAUCCAGGUCUCCUUCCAGGUCAAGAUCUCGAUCAAGGUCAAGACACAGGGAAAGGAAAUAUGAUGAUGAAAAUUAUCAUCAGACACAGAAAGAAAACUACACACAACCUUCCUAUCACCCAAGCUUCACCCAGCCCCCCUCUUACCAUGAGCACCUGACCAUGACCCCAGGGAGAUCUUACCACCUGUCUGACAUCACCUUCACCUCUGCCCUGAACGGGGGACAAGUGCAGAAAGGUCAGAGCAGGAGUCGACCACAUAGUGGCACGGGGGCCUACAUGAAUGAGACAGCACACCAAAAAUACCUACGACUGAAAGAGAGGCAAAGGAAACUGAAAAUCCUGAGGGUGGGGCUGAUGGGUGACGGGUAUGAAGACCAUGACCCUAUGGCCUUGACCUCUGACCUUCCAUGGUCAGACACCAGAUCAGUGUUGUCUGGGAUGUCAUUUACACAGGGGUCAUAUACGCCUGGUCUUCACAAUAAGCAUGGUUCAGAAAUUGCCCUUAAACUCGGCCGUGAGUCGGACCGAGAUAGUAUCAUCAGCAGCGAGAUGUCAUUAUAUCAGGAUCAACAUCUCAGAUCCAAAGAAUUCUUAACAUACCCAACAUCCCAACAUUAUGAUCACCACAGAUGGAGUCAGGAAAUUGAAAUGGAGCAGAAACUUGAGCAGUUAAAGGAUAAGUUUCACAGAACAGCUGAAGAACACAAAGGAUCCAAAAUGCAAUUGAAUUCAAAGAAUUCUGUCGGCAAAUCAGCUCAUGUUCACCAUGAUGGUCACAAACACAGGGAAUACUAUGGGCCAGAAUUUGUACACAAAUCCUCCAAACCUCUGGUGAGAAUAUCCGUGCCAUUGCAAGGAGAGAGCCUAAAGAGCCCCUCCCAUGUUAGGCGUGUGGUGGUGGUCCUACUCUCCGGACAGAAGUUGGAGGCCAUGGUGGACCCCAGUAUCACCGCACAGCAGAUGUUUGAAUCCAUCAUCACCCACAUCGAGCUCCCAGAAUUUUUCUUCUUUGGGCUAUCAUACAUUAAUGAGGGCGAGCAUUUCUUUAUGGAGCCUGAUGUAAAGUUACACAAGGUGGCCCCUGACGGCUGGAAGGACAGCUGGAAGGAAAACAUGCCGGCUGUUACACUGACUAUCUACGUCAGGAUGAAGUUCUAUCCCUCCAGUGUUACCUUGCUCAGACACCAGAUAUCCAAGCACCUGUUGUACCUGCAGUUGAGACAUGACAUUCUAGAGGAGAGAACUCUUUGUACAGAGGACCAGUGUAUGGAGUUAUCUGCCCUUGCUCUACAGGCAGAGUAUGGGGACUAUGAUUCAGAGAGCAUGGGCAAGAAUUACUUCCUGCAGGAGCACUACUUUCCACACCGGAUCGUGAAACGUGUUGGUAAUGCUUACAUCAAAGACCAUGCAGCAGCAGAGCAUCAGAAAUUAGCAGGACUGACAGACAGACAGGCAGAGAUAGAGUUUAUCAAGAAAGCUCAAAAACUGCAAGAAUAUGGAAUCCACUUCUAUAAGUUGCAAAAGAACAAAAGUAACACUGGUGGUGUUAUGUGGGCAGGAAUCAAUGUUCACUCCCUCAUACUGGCUGAAAAUGAACCCCAGGGUAGAGUUCUUGUCCAGCAGUUUCCCUGGCAGAGUAUUAAGAAAAUCUCAUUCAACAAGAGGCGGUUCAGCAUUCAGAGCAAAGCCGACUUUGGGGAGGGAAAACCCCCCAAGCUGAAUUACUACACAAACAGUUACAGAAAGGGUCGAUAUUUACUGCAGUUUUCCACAGCCCAGCACCGAUUUGAACUUAGUAUGAGGUCAAGGGAAUCAAACAUUGAUCCUCAAGAGUUGACUUUGGACUCGGUAGCUGAGUUGAUGUGUGAUGAGAGUAUGGGGGAAGAUGAGCAGAGCUCGAGUGAGUCCCAUGGAGCAUCAAGUACAGAACCCAAGACUGGAUUACACAGUCCCACAGCAGAUAACAGACCAUUACCAUAUACAUUACCCCCGCCGUAUAAGGCAGAUGCCAGUGUCAGCAUGCUGGACCUGCGACAGAAGUAUAAGAUUUCCUCUGAUAAGAAGCGUGAGCGUUAUACUGUUUCCACGGGAGACAUUUUCCAAGAGUCCCAGAGAGAGGAAGCAGGCCCUGCUUAUGUCUUAGAGACAGCAGAUCAGAGCACCCAUUUGGAUGGGGAUUUACCCCCCAGCGAAACCAUUAACACUACACUUCACAACAGAUUUAACAAGGAGCUGCUUUCUCCAGAACGAUCAGAGCGACAUGUUUCCGAAGUCGUUCUGAAGAAAGAACCAAACGUUGGCUUUGGCAUCACCAUCGUCGGUGGAGAAUCCACAAACAAACUAGACCUGGGAAUAUUUGUCAAGAUGGUCACCCCUGGAGGUCCGGCGGAUAGGGAUGGUCAGAUCAAACCAGGGGACAGGCUAAUAGCCAUCAACGGUCAGAGUCUGGAGGGGGUGGAACAUCACACAGCGGUACAGAUGAUCCGCUACUCAGGAAACACUGUACAUCUGCUUGUGUCUCAAGUGCGAGUGCCGAAAUCGGUCAAACGCAGAGAUGACCAUGAUGAUGCCAUCGCCAAAUUACGCGCUUCCAAUGCCAGUCCUUCUGAUGUCAAGAUUUAUCGUCAGAUAUCGGAGGAGAACCAUGAAAUUCAGGACGAUUCAUAUCAUUUAAAUGUAGAUGACAUUCCACAGGAUCAUGUUAGGGAUGACCCAUCUGUUGCAGAUGUGUCUACUAUGUCGCAGAUUGAAUCUAUAGAGAGUGAAGUUAUCCCAGUAACCGACUUACCCACUGAUACGCAACCUAUCCCUGCAGUAAGAGACCCUGAUGACACAGAUAAUGAUGUGGAAUCUGAGGUGGACUCCGAUCUAGAGGAGGGGAUCCAAGCAGUAAAAGAGGGGCGGGGUUUGGACCAAGGAGGCCUGAGGGAGAUUAUAAACUCAGCAGAGGAUAAAGAGUGGCAGAAAAUUGAUACUGGGCCCAGUCCCAAGGUAUCCGAGAUUCUGCCUGGAGAAGUGUUUGAGGUGACCCUGCAGAAAACAGGAGACCAGUUUGGUCUGAAAGUCACUGGAGGGAAAAAUACAUCUGUAAAGUUUGGAGGAAUUUAUGUCAAAUCACUGGAUCCAAGUAGUCUUACUUUACAGCCAACUGGUCAGAUAGGAAUACAGCCAGGGGACAGAAUUCUUGCUGUUGGAGAAAUACCAUUGAAAUUUGUCACCCAUAAACAAGCGGUGGAAAUCAUCCAAAAUGCACCAGACAUUUGUACGUUCACAGUGGAACGCGGUGCUUGCUCUAUUUCCUCGCGAAGUUCUAUAAGGUCCAGCAACUCAUCGACAGGUUCAGUAGAUUCCAGACAGCCCGUGGGACAGCCAGGUCAGAUUUCUGUAGAAGUUAGGACACCUCCCAUGAUGCAGAUGUUUUACCAAGGAGAAACACAGCCAAAAAAUUUGGACAGUACAGUAGCAGAGAAAAGUGAAAGUGAAAGUAAGUCCAAGUCUUCCUCGUCAAAAGGUGGCAGCACUGCUGUUCAUGUGGAGGAACAAAGUGACAAUGACUUCACCAGCUCUGAGCCUACUACAAACACUUCCUCUGCUGAUGAUGUAAAAAAAUCAAAUUUGUCAGCAAGCCAAGUAAAGGAAAAUAGUGAUCAACAAGUGAGGGCAGAAGAUCUUUUGGAAGAAUCGUUAGUUCCACCGUCUCUGGAGUCUACAGGUUUGUUGUCCAGCGGAGAGGUGGAUCAAAGAGAUGAACCAGGGGGUAUGCAGAGAGAGGCUUCAGAGCUGACAGAAAACUCGGACGAAAGCUUACCUUCCACUGAUGGCAAUAUUUACUAUCCAUUUGUAGAUAAAGAUAACACAUUCUCGGUGGAUCUGAAGAAAGGCCCCUCCGGUCUGGGUUUCAGCGUGUAUGGGGGUGUAGAUGUGGAUACAGAGGACAAAUCCCAGGGCAUUGUACGCAUCAAAAAAGUCUUCCCCUUGGGACCUGCGAGGUCAAGUCAGCAGAUCCAGAGAGACGAUGUGUUAUUAGAGGUCAACGGAGUUCCGGUCAAAGGUCGCACACAUGCUGAGGUUGUUUCCCUUUUACACUCGGUAGUAACCGAUGCUAAAUUACUGAUGUGUCGACCAACUUGUGCUCAGUUACCCCCCUUACCAAGAUCUAGUAGUGAGGAGUGGAUGGAGCGUCGAGCUGCGGCCCGUCAGCAAGAUACAGGAACACCCUCCGAGACUGAGUCAGAGGACGAACCCAUCCUUUACAGGGAUACUAUGUCUGAUAGGGGGGUCAUCACCCCACCCUCAGGAUUUGCCUCCCCAGGCAUGGAGCAAGAGGCUCAACAAAUGUUUGUACCUCCCCCAACCAGUAACCCACCUCCCCUCCCUAGAACCCCUCCCCCUUCAUUGUCACUACAGAACAGCCCCCUCCCACUCCAAGGAAACUUUGGCAUAAAGCACUGGGGUGACUUUGAGAAUCUGAAAACAGCUGUGAGCCCCAGAUCCAUGUACAGUGAUGAGUUCAACUCAACCUUCAACUCAACUCAGGAAAGUUUGGAGGAGGUGUAUUACGAGGAAGAGGGUCAACCAAUUGACCCAGCUCAGGUCAAGAAAAGGUCAAGGUCAUCCAGUAGCCAAUCAGAUGCCAGUGAAUCAUCCACAGAUUCUGUAGUAAGGUCUCCACUGAAAGGAACAUACAACACAGGUGAAGGACUUCAGUCCACAGCUUCAGAGAGUGGCCUUGAUGCCCUCCUGUCCAGGAACAAUAAACACCUGGGAACUGGCACCAACUCACUGCAGUCCUCAGAGUUUCCCACAGAUGAAGACAAUGAGAGUCUGGGAGAGACAGACCAGUACAGGGGAUCACCUACCGCACCCAGGGGUUCCCCCACAGUUCCUAGUUCAACCCCAAGGGAUUCCCCACAGCUAAAUAUAGCUGUUAACCAGGAUUUCCUAAACCAGACUGAGACAGGAGAUGAAGAAGAUUCAGAGAGUGAAGAGGAUUCAGAACAAGACCAACUUGAACCAGGGGAGAUCAAGGUUGUCCUGAAGAAAGAUGAGAAGACUGGUCUUGGAUUCUCUGUGUAUGGGGGUGUCAGUAAGGGGGGCUGCUACGUCAGGGAAAUCGUGUCUGACCCAGCCCUCUCUGACGGCAGACUCAGGGCAGGGGAUCGUUUACUCGAGGUGAAUGGCAUUGACUUGACAAAAUUGAACCACACGGAAGCAGUAGGACACUUGAGAAAUGCAACUGGCAAUGUGGAAAUCCUUGUCCACCGACCAGCCCAACAGACUGUCCCCAUUACAGGAAUGUCUGAUCUCUUAUUGAGGAAGAAAAUUCAGCCAAUCAGGACACAGGACUCACAGGAGAGUGUGGAGGAGGAGGAGAUUGAGGAGGGAGGAGAGACCAUGAACAGUGGAUACGAGCCAGACUCAAUGGCAUCCACAGCUGACCUCACCAAUGUCACUCAGCCUGACAUGAUCCAUGUAGAGCUCGAUCGUUCUCGUCCAGGAGGACUGGGAUUCAGUCUCGUUACGGCAGAGAAAGACAACCAGACUGGUGUGUUUGUCAAGUUCAUACAACCCAACAGUCAGGCCGACAGGGACGGGAGACUGCAGGUCAUGGACAGAAUUGUACAGGUUAAUGGAGAAUCAACAGUUGGACUUGACUGCACCAAAGUAGCUUUACUUAUAAAGGCUUUACCAAAUAAAGUUACUCUAACUGUGGCCAGGUAUUCAUCCAGACAUCUGGAAACAAUGACACCACCCAUCCUGAUCAAUGAAUCAGACAAUGAAGAUGAAGAAGAUGGUGAUUUUGUCGAUGAAGAAAGGGACGACCCAGAUCAUCUAACAGCCAGCAUGAAGGAGGAGGAUGUGUACGACUCAGAAGACGACGACAUGGACGCUCUGGUCAAUGAGGCCGAGAAGUUACUCCUGUCUUCAGGGUCGCUGGAACUGAGUGGGAGGGCGCUAAACGAGGGGAGGGCUCUGAAUGAGGGUAACUACAAGACCCCCGGCCUGUCCUACAAGCGGUGGCAGACAGAGGAGAGGACCAUGUCCGACGAAAACACUGACAUGUCGGAAUUUGAGACCCAAGGUACCGAGGAACUCCAAGAGGGACUGAGGGCCGUGAGGGAGGAAAAGAAUGGGGGGACUUUUACUAUCGACACCAUACAGAGGAAAUUGGAUGUGGAGGUGCCAGAGGAUAUUACAGCCGAGUGGUUAAACGGUCUGCCACUGCUGGUAAUGGCAAAGGAUGUGAAGGAUAGAGUGCCUGCCCUGAUCAGUAAACUACAGCGUAAUCUGGAUCAGAAGAAUCAUCAAGAGGAGUACAAGGAACUACGGCAAGUGAAAUCCACAGACGAAUGUACUGAUGCCAAGCUCCCUGAGAAUAAACCACUGAACAAAUUCAGAAACAUUCUGCCAUAUGACUAUAACAGAGUUGAGCUGUCAGGGCCUCAUGACUACAUUAAUGCCAGCCACAUCUUAAUGAACGUGGGGGAGAUGGAGGCCCACUAUAUCGCAGCCCAGGGCCCGCUUCCUGAAACCUCACAAGACUUCUGGCAGAUGAUCUGGGAACAGAAUGUCUCAGUGAUUGCCAUGUUGACGCUGGACAUGGAAAACGGCAAAGUCAAGUGUCACCAGUACUGGCCUGACUCUGUGGAGACUCCACUCUCUGUUUGCAAGGGGUUAUACAAGCUGAGUUUAUUGAGGGUGCAGUAUCUGGAGCACUUUGAUGUCAGAGAAAUAAUGAUAGAAAACAUGGCAGAAGGAAAAGGUCGAUUAGUGUAUCACUUCAUGUUCACAAAUUGGCCUGAUCAAGCAGUCCCCAACACAAAACCACUCCUACAGGUCAUACCUAUCCACGCCCAUCAUACCAAAUCUGUCCACUGCAGUGCGGGGAUAGGAAGAACUGGUGUUCUCAUCACUAUGGCCCUGGCUCAGAUUGAAAAGAAAGGGCGGUGUGAUAUAUUUGAAAUAGUAACAGAGCUACGCAAGCAGAGAUAUGGCAUGAUUCAAGUCAAGGACCAGUAUACUUUAGUCUAUCUUGCCUGUCUGGAUGCUCUAAAAAGUUUGUGACCUUGAAGAUUCCACAAGAUCAAAAAAAAAAAAUAAUGAAGUGCAACAUUCUUUAUUUAUACAAUUACACAGUAUUUGUUGUUAUUUUUUCAUUAACUCAGUCCCUUUACCCCUGUAUUUCUCUUUAUUUGAUCCUUUGUAACAGAUGGGUCAUUAUUCAUAUAAUGUUUUAUAUACACGUAUAAGUUGUAACACAUGUAAUUUUUCAGUUAAUAUAUACCUGUAUUUGCAUGGAUUGUAUUUGUUAAGCAAUUGUAUAUGUGCAAUCAGUGUCUUCCUAUAUUUACAUUUAUAUUCAAAUAUCCAGAAUUUGUAUGGGAUUUUUUUUUCCGUAUCUUGUACUUUUUCUUUUUAUUUAUAUAUGCAUAUAUUUUCUGUUUUUUUGUGUGUAAAGAAAAAAAAAUUAUCAAACUCUUAAAGAACAAACAAAAAUAUAGAAAUUUUCUGUAGCAAGCAUUAGUUUAUAAAGUAUACCAUACAUGUAUAUCUUGCAAUUAAUUUUUGAUAUUAUUUGUAUAUGUAUUUUCCACAUAUUGUAUAUCAUUGUACUGCUCUCACUUAUCACGCAAUUUCUGUUAUGUCAUGAAUUCAUUUUCAUUUGUGUCAAUCUCAUCACUAACCCUUUAUGUAAAACAUUCUGUGCCAUAAUUUUCAUACAUGCCUUUUUUUGUCUGCACCUGUUAAAUUUCUUUGUUAUGACGCAUUGUUUUGUUCAUGUUUUCGUCAUCAUUAUUCAAAGCAGCUAACACUAUUUUCUAUCAUUUUCAAGCAUCUUCUUUAAAAAUUGUAAUUCAUUUCUGUAUAUUUUAUAACAUCUUUUUUUCCCCAACCAAAAAUUGCCAUAAAAUCAUUAUGUAUUUAUAAGCAUUUUUAUAUAUUUAUUCAUAACACAGGGAUUUUUACACAUGUUUGUGUAUUGAGUGUUAUAAGUUUAAGAUUAUAUUCCCAUGUAAUCUAAUGUUAGUUCCAUACAAAAAAAAUCCAUAUUGUAUUACAUAUUAUUUCAGUCUUGAAAAUUUAAAAAAUACAUAUAUGCCAAUGUAAUAAAUUAUAAUAUCCUAAUUUUUAAUUAAUAGCCAUAUUUUUUUUCAAUCAAAUUUUAUUCCAUAUUUAGUCUCAUUCUACCGUCCAUAUGUAUGUUCUGGUCUGAACUGUUUAAUUUGCUUUAAACUUGUUAAAAAAAUUUUCCCCCUACUAUACAUGUACCUUUGAACCAAAUGUAAAUAUUAUAAUGUUAAUCAACAGUUUUUUUUAUGGGGGAUAAAGUUUAGUCCAGAGAUUUUACAGCUUCUACAUGUAUGUUUCUAGACUUUGAUUAUCUUUUCAUAUUUUGAAAGGUUAGCCUGUAUUUAGAAAUGCUGAUUUUGAUCAAAGGCAAAGCAAAAAUCUGGUAUAUAAAAGCCAUCAGAUAAUUUUGAAAGUAAAACAAUUACACGGUACCUUGCAAUAUCCUUUGGGAAGGGAUGAUUUUAUUUAUAACUUAACACUGUGAUCAACACCUAGUCACCAUGCUCCUUAUAUGUGGCCAUUUUUAAUGUUUCGUAACUUUUAUUGUUGGGUGGUUUAGUUUCAGUUUUACAAAUCUUGUCAAAAAAAUUGAUUUCUCUUUGUUGUUUCCCAACUGCAUAUUUUUUCUAUCUCUAUUUGAAAAUGAACAAAUUUUCUUUAUAUAUGUAGAAUAAUUCUUUAACAAAAUAUGAUGCAUUCCUCUAUUUAUGUACAACAUUACAGCAAUAUUGUUAGAUAAACAAUUUCACCACUCA